UUAUCUUGUCUCCCAUGCCGUUUGACUUGCAAUUUACAAAGAAGAAAGAAAGUUCCAGGAAGUUGCCCCCAUACUGUGGUUUCCUAUCACCUUCACCCAACAAACAAACAAACUCAAAUCAGAAGUUCUACCUUUUCUUCCUCCCAAUUUCUCUCUCUCCUUCUCUACAGAGAUGAGUAAUGGUGGUUCGCCUUACCGGAGACACAAGAAUGAUGUGGAGUCCGCCGGUGCCGGCAGCGGUGGUUUUGAGGAUUACGAGUCGACUUCCGGCCCUUUUGACAUUGUUAGUACCAAGAGUGCUUCAGUCGAUCGCCUUAAAAGAUGGAGGCAAGCAGCACUUGUACUCAAUGCUUCACGUCGAUUUCGAUACACCUUAGAUUUGAAAAAAGAAGAAGAGAAGAAACAAAUUAUAGCCAAAAUCAGAACCCAUGCACAAGUUAUAAGAGCAGCCUACCUCUUUCAAGCUGCUGGAGCACAAUCUAAUGGAAUCCAAAGAUCACUUCCAAAUCCAAUUCCAACUGGAGAUUAUAGUAUUAGUCCAGAUCAACUUGCUGCAAUGACAAGAGAUCAUGAUUUCUCAGCUUUACAAAAUUAUGGAGGAGUCAAAGGGUUGUCAGAAAAGUUAAAGACAAAUCCUGAUAAGGGAAUUCUUGAUGAUGAGUCAGACAUUUUGGAGAGGAAAACUGUUUUUGGGUCAAACACAUACCCUAGGAAAAAGGGUAGAAGCUUUUGGAGGUUUGUUCUUGAUGCUUGUCGAGACACCACCUUGAUCAUUUUAAUGGUGGCUGCAGCUGCUUCUUUAGCUUUGGGUAUUAAAACAGAGGGAAUCAAAGAAGGAUGGUAUGAUGGAGGGAGUAUAGCUUUGGCUGUUAUCAUUGUUAUAGUAGUUACAGCCAUAAGUGAUUAUAAACAAUCACUUCAAUUUCAAAAUCUAAAUGAGGAGAAACAGAAUAUACACUUGGAAGUUGUUAGAGGUGGAAGAAGGGUUGAGAUUUCAAUAUUUGAUAUUGUUGUUGGUGAUAUAAUCCCUUUAAAAAUCGGUGAUCAGGUUCCUGCUGAUGGAAUUUUAGUAUCUGGUCAUUCUCUAGCCAUUGAUGAAUCCAGUAUGACUGGAGAGAGUAAAAUUGUUCAUAAGGAUCAAAAAGCACCAUUUUUAAUGUCUGGAUGCAAGGUUGCAGAUGGUUAUGGUACUAUGCUGGUGACAAGUGUUGGAAUAAAUACUGAAUGGGGAUUACUUAUGGCCAGUAUCUCAGAAGAUAAUGGUGAGGAAACACCAUUACAGGUGCGUUUGAAUGGAGUUGCAACAUUUAUUGGCAUUGUUGGACUUGUGGUUGCUGUAGUUGUUCUUAUUGUUCUUCUCGCAAGGUAUUUUACUGGACAUAGUAAAAAUCCAGAUGAAAGCGUGCAGUUUAUUGCUGGAAAAACUAGUCUUAGUGAUGCUGUAGAUGGCGCUAUUAAAAUUUUCACUGUCGCAGUGACUAUUGUUGUUGUUGCUGUGCCAGAAGGGCUACCCUUAGCUGUGACAUUAACACUUGCAUACUCCAUGCGUAAAAUGAUGGCUGACAAAGCAUUGGUUAGAAGACUAUCUGCUUGUGAGACAAUGGGAUCUGCUACUACAAUUUGCAGUGAUAAAACUGGAACAUUGACAUUAAAUUUGAUGACUGUGGUUGAGGUUUAUAUAUGUGGUAAGAAAAUUGAUCCACCAAAUGACACGUCAGCAAUGCCACCUAGACUUGUGUCUCUUCUCAUUGAAGGCAUAGCUCAAAACACAACUGGCAGUGUAUUUCUACCUGAGGGUGGUGGAAACGUGGAGGUAUCUGGAUCUCCAACAGAGAAAGCUAUACUUCAAUGGGGCGUUAAUCUUGGAAUGAAUUUUGAUGAUGCCAGGUCAGCAUCUUCAGUAGUUCAUGCAUUCCCGUUCAACUCAGAGAAAAAACGAGGCGGGGUUGCAGUUAAACUGCCUGAUUCUGAAGUACAUAUACACUGGAAAGGAGCUGCAGAAAUAGUGUUGGCUGCAUGUACAAGCUACAUGGAUGCUGAUGAGAGGUUGGUGCCUUUGGAUGGAGAUAAGGUGGAAUAUUUUAAAAAAUCAAUAGAAACAAUGGCUGCUGGAAGUUUGCGAUGUGUUGCUAUUGCUUACAGACAAUACAAUGGGGAAAAUUUCCCAACUGAUGAAGAGGAACUUGAAAUGUGGGAAAUGCCUGAGGAUGAUCUUGUUUUGCUAGCGAUUGUUGGUUUAAAGGAUCCUUGUCGACCUAAUGUGAAAGAUGCAGUUCAACUCUGCGUAAAAGCUGGUGUUAAGGUAAGAAUGGUGACAGGUGACAAUCUACAAACAGCAAGAGCAAUAGCUCUUGAAUGUGGAAUUUUAGAAUCAAAUGCAGAUGCAAAAGAGCCUAACCUAAUUGAAGGGAAAACAUUUCGUGCAAUGUCAGAAGAUCAACGACUAGAAACUGCUGAGAACAUAUCCGUGAUGGGAAGGUCUUCACCUAAUGACAAACUAUUACUUGUUCAAGCACUGAGGAAACGAGGGCAUGUUGUUGCUGUUACUGGAGAUGGAACUAAUGAUGCUCCUGCAUUACACGAGGCUGAUAUCGGGCUCGCUAUGGGUAUCCAAGGAACCGAAGUUGCAAAAGAGAGCAGUGAUAUUAUCAUAUUGGAUGACAAUUUUGCUUCUGUCGUCAAGGUUGUUCGAUGGGGAAGAUCCGUUUAUGCGAAUAUCCAGAAAUUCAUUCAAUUCCAGCUUACUGUAAAUGUCGCCGCCCUUGUAAUUAACGUGGUGGCGGCAGUUUCCUCCGGCGAUGUCCCGCUAAAUGCAGUGCAGCUGCUUUGGGUGAAUCUCAUCAUGGACACUCUCGGCGCCCUUGCAUUGGCCACUGAACCACCCACCGAUCACCUCAUGGACAGAAAGCCCGUUGGUCGCAGGGAGCCUCUUAUAACAAACAUUAUGUGGAGGAAUUUGUUGAUACAGGCUUUAUACCAAGUGACAGUUCUUCUUGUACUCAACUUUGAUGGCAAAAGGAUCCUGCAUUUAGAUCAUGAGAGUGAGGAAGAUGCUAAGAAAAAGAAGAACACGCUUAUAUUCAAUGCCUUUGUCUUUUCUCAGAUAUUCAACGAGUUUAAUGCACGAAAGCCUGAUGAGAUGAAUGUUUUCAAAGGAGUUACUAAAAAUCGUCUCUUUAUGGGAAUUAUCGGCUUUACUGUUGUGCUCCAGGUUAUUAUAAUCAUGUUUUUAGGAAAAUUCACGACAACUGUUAGGCUUAGUUGGCAAUUUUGGCUGAUAUCAAUUGUUAUCGGUGUUAUCAGUUGGCCUCUUGCGGUUGUUGGGAAAUUGAUACCUGUUUCCGAGAGGCCUUUCAGUGAAUACUUUUCUAGAAUUUUCACAACAUGCAGAUCAUCUCAACCCAGUAAUAGAGGUUCAUUAAGAGGAAAUGAGGAAGAUGCUUGAACACACGUUGACCUUUUGGUAUGGGGGGUUGUUUGUGUGUGUUUGGGUAGAAAUUUGUACAUUUAUACAGUCGGUAUACACUAACUCUUAAAAAAAAAAAAACUGAAAUCACUAUAUAUAUAGGCUUUUUAGCUUGAGAUUAGUGCAAGAGUAAUAGAGGGUGGUGAGAAUGGAGUGUUUGUAAAUUUGAUUUGCACAUAAACCUUUCUUAUAUUUUGUUCUA